AUGCCUCAAAACGAGUAUAUCGAGCAGCACAUCAAGCAGCAUGGUCGCAGACUCGAUUACGAGGAGCGUAAGCGUAAGAGAGAGGCCAGAGAGUCGCACAAGGUUGCUGAAAAGGCCCAGAAGCUGACGGGAUGGAAGGGUAAGCAAUUUGCCAAGAAGAGAUACGCAGAGAAGGUAGCAAUGCGCAAGAAGAUCAAGGCACACGAGCAAUCCAAGUUGAAGGGUCCCUCGAAGCCAAUGGCCGACUCUGGCGAGGCGCUGCCCACGUAUCUGUUGGACAGAGAACAGACCAACAAUGCGAAGGCGAUUUCGUCGUCCAUCAAGCAGAAGAGACUGGAGAAGGCGGACAAAUUCUCGGUGCCGCUCCCCAAAGUGCGUGGUAUUAGCGAGGAGGAGAUGUUCAAGGUGGUGAAGACGGGUAAGUCGCGGUCCAAGAGCUGGAAGAGAAUGAUCACAAAGCACACGUUUGUGGGCGAGGGCUUCACCAGAAGGCCUGUCAAGAUGGAGCGGAUCAUCCGUCCGUCGGCGUUGAGACAGAAGAAGGCCAACGUGACACACCCGGAGCUGGGCGUGACGGUGUUUCUGCCCAUUUUGGGUGUCAAGAAGAACCCACAGUCGCCUAUGUACACCCAGCUGGGCGUGCUGACCAAGGGUACGAUCAUCGAGGUCAACGUGUCGGAGCUGGGUAUGGUUACGUCGGGAGGCAAAGUAGUGUGGGGGAAGUACGCACAGAUUACGAACGAGCCGGACAGAGACGGGUGUGUGAACGCGGUUUUACUAGUGUGA